ACUCGAAAAAACUGUCAUGGCCGCGUUGUAAACAUUGUACCAAAAUAUAUUUGAUUGAUUUUAGUAUUUUUAUUAAAAUUUUUAUAUUAAAAAUUACUAAAAAAAAUAUAUAAAAUGAAUCUCCUUAGGAGACAAUGUUUAAAAAUGUUUAGUAAUGCGAUAAUUGUCCAAAACAAUUGCAAUAUAAUUGCACGAUUGUCUUCUUUCAAAAGUGCAUUUUCUCUUGAAAAUAUAUAUCCAACAAGUAAUAUGCAAUUACAUACACCCAAUUUUGUCCCUGAAGAUCCAAAAGAAAAAUUUAGUGGUUAUAUACCCAUGGAUAAAAUAAAAAUUACCCAUUGUCGAAGCAGUGGACCAGGAGGUCAAAAUGUUAAUAAAGUUAACACAAAAGUUGAUGUAAGAUUUCAUUUAAAAGAAGCAACGUGGCUUGAUGAAGAAAUUAAACAAAAAUUAUCAGAACAGUGUAAAAAUUCCAUAAACAAGGAAGGUUAUCUAAUCAUUAAAUCAGAGCUAACAAGUUCACAACAACUUAACAUUGUUGAUGCUCUUUCUAAACUACGGAAUUUAAUUAGAAAAGCAUUAGAAAAACCCAAGGAAACAUCAGAAGAAACAAAAGAGUUCCAUAGAAAAAAACAAAUUGCAGCCUCUCAAAAGAGAUUAUAUGUAAAACGAGAAAAAUCACAAACUCUUCACAACAGACGAGCAACAGAUUUCUAAUUUGUUCUAAUUAUUAAAAAUUUAUACUGUAAAUGAUAAUGUACAAAUAAAUGUUAAUUAUAUCUAAA